AUGAAUACAGAAUAUUAAUAAUAAGAACUUGAAUUGUCAAGGCAAUCCUAAUCAAGAUUAAAAGAUACAGACAAUUAAUUAUUCUCAAUUGUUUUUGCCAUCAUUUACAAUUGCAUUUUGGGAUUCCUUUUUUGCUUAUUUAGACAUCUCUAUUGUAAACUAUUAAAUAUGAUCAAAAGAUGAUGAGGAGUGUAAAAUAAUGAACCUUUGGUCACUCUUGACAGAGAUCUUUUUAUUUUCAGUAGCCAUCUACAAAUUGUACAAUACUAUUACUAGAUAGAGCUAUUGAAUUACCAGUGUAUUAUAAAGCCUAAGGCAGAUGGAAAUAAAAUCUCUUUGAGAUAAUGGAAAAGGUGGAAUUUGUUUUAAGCAUUAUUGUAUUAAUUGGAUUAAGUGUAAGUUUUUGAAUUUAUUUAUUAUUUGUCUAGUAUGCUUAUUUACAAUUUGAAGAUUGCAAUGGAUUGAGAAGCUUUGUUCUCUGUUAUUUGAUUGUGACUUACCUAGUUUUAGGCAUCUAUUUGGUUUCUCUUCUUUUACUAAUCACUAAUAAAAGUCAUAAUUCUGGGUGA